UUCACCUGGAGCAAAUCAACAUAUCAAGCGAUCUUACACAUUUGAGAAAAGUUUGCCCAAACAAGAGAACGCCAAGGCUUAUACCCGCCCUUGAGGAUUAGAGUCUAGUAGUCACGAUGUUUGGAAGAAUAUCACAUGCUUUGGGCUUGAAGUCUCUUGCUUCAGCAGGUCGUUCUUCAUUACCUCAAGGUGUUCUAUCGUCAAAACGUGGUUUUCAUUUUUCGUCGAAGUUAAAUACCUAUGAAGAAGAAAAAGUAAUUAUUGAUGAACUUUCGGGACAAAUCAGCGAUACCGAUGUUGCCAGACUUAAUAAUAUGAGGAAUAUUGGUAUUUCAGCACAUAUUGAUUCUGGUAAAACCACCUUCACUGAAAGAGUUUUGUUCUACACCGGUAGAAUCAAGGCCAUUCAUGAUGUUAGAGGUAGAGACGGUGUCGGCGCCAAGAUGGACCAUAUGGAUUUGGAAAGAGAAAAAGGUAUUACUAUUCAGUCUGCUGCUACUUAUUGCUCAUGGGAAAGAAGUCCUGAAAAAUCCUAUCACUUCAACUUGAUUGAUACCCCAGGUCACAUUGAUUUCACUAUUGAAGUCGAAAGAGCCUUGAGAGUUUUAGAUGGUGCUGUUUUGGUGGUUUGUGCUGUUUCUGGUGUUCAGUCACAAACAGUAACUGUUGACCGUCAAAUGAAGAGAUAUAAUGUCCCAAGAAUCACAUUUAUCAACAAGAUGGAUAGAAUGGGUGCCAAUCCAUGGAAGGCUAUUGACCAAAUUAGAGCUAAGUUGAAGAUCCCUGCUGCUGCUGUACAAGUUCCAAUCGGUUCCGAAAAGGAUUUGAUUGGUGCCGUCGAUAUCAUUCAUAACAAGUCUAUUUAUUAUGAAGGUGCUCAAGGUGAAAAGUUAAGAAUUACUGAGGAAAUCCCAGAAGAACUGAAAGAUCUCGUGGCUGAGAAACGGUCUGAACUGAUUGAAACUUUAGCUGAUGUUGAUGAUGAGAUCGCUGAAUGUUUCAUCGAUGAAGUUGAGCCAACUAUUGAUCAAAUCAAGGGAGCAAUUAGAAGAUCAACUAUCGCCAGAAAGUUCACGCCUGUGUUUAUGGGUUCUGCAUUGGCAAAUAAGGGUAUUCAACCUGUUCUUGACGGUGUCUGUGACUAUUUACCAGAUCCAAGUGAAAUCUUGAACACUGCUUUGGAUCUUGCUAAUGAAGAAAAAUCCGUCAACUUAGUUGCAGCAUCAAACUCUCCAGCUGUUGCACUUGCAUUCAAAUUGGAAGAAGGUAAGUACGGGCAAUUAACUUACUUGCGUGUCUACCAAGGUAAGCUCAGAAAAGGAUCCAUGAUCACUCAUGUCAAAACUGGUAAGAAAGUCAAGUUGGCUAGAUUAGUGCGUAUGCACUCUGAAGAAAUGGAAGAUGUUGAUGAAAUCCAUGCUGGUGAAAUUUGUGCAACCUUCGGCAUUGACUGUGCUUCUGGUGAUACUUUCACUGAUGGAUCUGUCGACUAUUCCAUGAGUUCUAUGUUCGUGCCAGAUGCCGUUGUCUCAUUGUCAAUCUUGCCAAAGACCAAGGAUGCUGCUAAUUUCUCCAAAGCUGUUAAUAGGUUCCAAAAGGAGGAUCCAACUUUCCGUGUCCAUUUUGAUAAAGAUUCUAAGGAGACUAUUAUUUCAGGUAUGGGUGAGUUACAUUUGGAGAUUUAUGUUGAAAGAAUGAAGAGAGAAUACAAUGUUGAAUGCACCGUUGGUAGACCAAGAGUUGCAUAUAGAGAAUCCAUUUUAUCAGCUUCUGCAUUCGAUUACACACACAAGAAACAAUCAGGUGGUGCUGGUCAGUUUGCUAAGGUUAUGGGUAAGAUGGAGGCUACCUCAUUGGCUGAUCCAGAAGAUAUCGGCGCCACCUUAGGUGACGAUGUUAAGUUCCGUAAUCACUUCCAAACCAAGGUUGUUGGUGGUAAGAUUUCUGAGAAAUUUUUACUCGCAUGUCAAAAAGGUUUUGAGGACUGUUGUGAGAAGGGACCACUAACAGGUUCAAGAGUUCUAGGUGUUCACAUGAUUGUCGAUGAUGGUGCAACACACGUUGUCGAUUCUUCUGAAAUGGCAUUUAGAACUGCGACUCAGUUUGCAUUCAAGCAAGCAUUUAUGCAAUCCCAGCCAGUUGUUUUGGAACCAAUUAUGAACGUUGUGAUUACUGCGCCAAAUGAGUUCCAAGGUGCAGUGAUUGGUUUGGUUAACAAAUUGGGUGGUUUGAUCAAUGACACUGAAAACCAAGCUGAUGAUUUCAAUUUGAUUUCUGAUUGUUCAUUAAACCAGUUAUUUGGAUUUGCAUCCAAGUUGAGAGCAGUUACUCAAGGUAAGGGUGAAUUCACAAUGGAAUUCAAAGAAUAUCAACCUGCUCCUCCACAAUUACAAAAGCAAUUAAUCGAAGACCACCAGAAGAAAAACAAGGAUUAAAUUCAGAGGUUUUUUAUUUUUUUGAGAAAUUUUUUGUACAUAACAAUAGAUCGAGUUUAAAGCCCGAAAAAUAACAAACAAUAUAUAAAUCGAUAAAUUUAUGUAACAUAUUUCACUGUUUAUAGUUCACAUUUGUGAUAGUAACUUUUUUUACACAAAAAAAAGGAAAAAGAAGGACAGCGCAGUCCGUUUUGAAUUGAAAAAG